AUGUGCAUUGAUUACAGGCAGUUGAACAAAGUUACAAUCAAGAACAAGUAUCCUUUGCCUCGUAUUGAUGAUUUAUUUGACCAGUUCCAGGGAGCGAGGGUGUUCUCCAAGAUUGAUAUCCGGUCAGGGUAUCACCAGUUGAAGAUCAGGUACUCAGAUAUUCAUAAGACAGCCUUCAGGACCCGAUAUGGUGAUUAUGAGUUCCUUGUGAUGUCUUUUGGGCUGACCAAUGCCCCAGCAACGUUCAUGCAUCUGAUGAACAGCGUGUUUCGGCCUUAUCUCGACACGUUUGCUAUUGUAUUCAUUGAUAAUAUUCUGGUAUACUCGCGUAGUCAGGAUGAGCACGCCGAGCAUUUGAGAGUUGUAUUGCAGCGGUUGAGGGAGGAGAAGCUUUAUGCAAAGUUCUCCAAGUGCGAUUUUCAGUUCACAUUAACUGGAGUUCAGGCUGGAAUUCGUUCAUUUGCAAUGUGUGCCAGGAGCAGUAAUGGUGAAAUCCAGCAUGCCAUCAAAAAAAACAACAGCCACAAAACAUUAUAA